AUGAGUGUGUAUCAGCCCCUCUUUCGGACAUUCAAUCAUGUUCACUUUUCAAAUCUAGAGCCUUCUGUAGAGCCUGCUACAUUUCACUUGUUCCCGCAGCUACCUGCUGAAGUGAGGCUCAAGAUAUGGAAAACCGCUCUGUGUACUGGGCGGCGACUCCUCACUGUGCGCCUCAAUUCAGUUGAUGGCGAUGAAGCGGGCUACGGUGUCUCAAUAGACCGAAAGCCACGCACCAAUCCAGUCUGGAGCAUUUGUCAGGAGUCUAGGCAGGCUUGCUAUGCAUAUUUCAGGCUACCUUUUCGCGUCCAUAGAGGCUCGACGUUAUGGGUGAAUCCUGAAAGCGACCGCAUCUUUAUAGCAGAGUUCAACAUUGCGCCUCUUGUCUUCCUCAAUUUCAUCAGCCAUUUGAAGACAGCUGAUCCCCGUGGCAUCGGUCUGCUUCAUAUUGCUAUCGAUAGCUUAUGCGCAAAAACCCUGGCAUUCUUACGAACCCUACCUGCUACCAAGAGCAGCUCUCAGGAGGCUUUUACCACCUUCAAACAAUGGAUUUUAGGUUUACAAUCAAUAUGGUUCAUUCAUCUUCUAGAUGCAGAUUCCCGUUUAGGGUUUGGGCCACUUUCUGGUACUAGGAACCAUACAAUACUUGGCCUUAACCGUGCUAUGCCUAUAUUUCCAUACGCAACCGACUUUGAGCUGUUCACGCCUGACCCACGACCAAUCCAAAGACGCCUCAAUGGUCAAACAGUCUAG